AUGUUCAUCUCUCUACUUCUUAUUACAAUAGCAUCUAUCUGCUUCAAUGAAAAUAUUAGAAGUGUUGAUGCAGCUACAAUAGCGGAAAAUACAGCUUGGUGUAAAAAGUGGUAUGAUGCUGAACCGCAUCCAUCCGUAUUUAUGGCACUAACACCAAAAUGUCCUUGUCAUAUGCCUGCACACUUUCCAAGUCAAUAUAAUGAUGGUACUCGUAUAUGGAAAACAGAUUCAGGUUGUCAAGCAAGUAGUCAACCAAAUACAUGCAGUUAUCAUAAAGGUGCAUGGGGAUGUUAUCGUUUUGCACCUAAAAGCUCUGGACCUGGUUCUCAAUGUUGUUAUACUAAAGAUGGUAAGUAUAUGGAUGAUCCAUUUGAAGGUGCUGGUACAUUAGAUCGUGAAUGUGCACCUGAAAAUUUUUUCAAUCUAUUUCAAUGGCUUGCACACAAUGAUCAUGAUGUCGUACCUUAUGACAAAUGUUGUGCAGAUUUACCCAUGCCAAGAGAAGUUUGUGGAUGGUAUUAUGACAGACGACCAUCCAUGGGAUGUGUGAAUUAA